AAUAAUGAAAGUUGCAUCUUUCGCAAAUAUAAGAUCAUUCAGUUGCACUUUAAUCACUAAAACCGUUGAGCGUCUAAUGAAAACAAAAUGAACAAAUGUUUGAUUAAUAUUCUCCUCUUAAUUUCAAUCUUCGCUAUUCAGAAUAUUUUCUCCAGCCCAGUACAAGAUGCGGACAGUUCAACAUUUGCUAGCAAUCAGCAACUGAACGAACAUAAUAAACUUUUCGAUUUAACCUUAAACCAAUUCGUUCAGUUUACGUUGGAUUUUGGCGAACAAUGUAGAAAUUUUUCUUCGAAACUAAUCAAGGAGUUAGUGGCGGACGGCAAAAUGGUAGACAAAGAAUUCUCGAAAGAAGAAUAUGAUAAGUUUGUACAAUCUUUUGAGUAUUUGAAGGAUGCAAAAAACAAUGAAGAUAAGUUAACUUAUUUGAAUAAGAUAACGCUGGAGACUAUUGCGUCUUCGAAAAAUCUGGAAGAAGAUAAACUACUUGCUGAAUUCCUUAAAAAAUAUGAACCGCAUGUGUUUCUAGAAAAAGUUCACGCCUUAUUUUCUGAUUACUUUGCGGGAUUCACCGCAGAUUUUAAUGAUUAUUCAAAUGAAUUGAAUGAGAAGCAGAAACAAGAGCAACAACAAUUACUCGAUUGGUUUGAAGAGUUUAGCAAGGAGCAAAGUUUUGCUGAAAAAACUCAAAAAUUUUUGGACUUCUUUGUUUUCUUCAACUGUUGUCAUGGAAAGUGAGUGCACAAGUUGGCCUUGGCAGACUUUAGUAAACUUUUUGUACAAAUUAUUUUCGAUUUCAUUUGAAAAGUUAAUAAAUGAGUAGAA